UGGUGCUGAGUAUAAAAAGGCUCGAUCUCUCCCAAACAAUCACUUUGGGAAUGAAAAUCUAAAGAUCGCCUUGCUUUUAUUUUAAGGAGGUCAGACUGGAUAAGUGAAACUCUACCUCUCACUGACGCCACUUGCGAGUUAAUCAUCUAACAGCAAGAACAGAAAGGAAACAAAUAUCCUCAUAAAUCUAGUCUGAUAGAUGGUGGAGAAAAACAAAACAAAAAAAGGCGAACAUUCCUAAAGUCACUUCUUUCCACUCUACAAGCGUAUGGACCAGCGCUCAGUGUUGAGAGACGGAAAGGAGUUUAAGGCUGCUCUAGACCGUUCAUUCAUUGGUUCCGUGACAAGCCCCGGCCGGCAAAUUUGGACAGGUCCUUCUCAGACCCACAUCUAGAGGAGACCGCAGCAUCUCCACAACGAGACUCCAGAGAUCGACAGGACUCUGUCAACAAGUCCGUUCUGACCCAACCAUCCCUGAACCUCAACCCCUUCGUCCAGCACAGUCCCGGAGACGACAUCUUCGCCAACGACGACAUCUCCGUCAACGAGGACAUCGAGGCAGAGCCAGCCGCUUCGACAGACCCAUUUGAUAGGCAAACUUUGUUUGAUAUCAUGUCAGGGGGUGCCUUGACAUUAGACAAAUUAUCAGGUGAUGGUACACAGAGUUAUGAAGCCUGGUUAGGUCAUUUCCACGCAUGGUGUAUUUUUUAUGAACUUGUGGAAGCUAAAAUGAAAUAUGCAUUUCCAUUCCAUCUGGAAAAACCUGCUAAAGUAUGGUUUGAUAAUGACUCGGACCAUGAAACAUGGGACGGACUUAAGCAAGCUUUUGUAGCCAGGUUUAAGGCAGAUACCGAAUUGUUAGACGGUUCACUUUUUGAUACGAAACAGGGACAAUCUGAAAAAGUCAUUGACUAUUUGACCAGAUUACAUUAUGUUAUGUCAAACAGAAAACUCUCCGACGAGUUAAAAUUAGCAGUAGCUUUAAGUGGCCUUAAGCCAGAAAUAAAAUCAGUUGUGGCCAAUAAGGAACCAAAAUCUCUAGACGACUUACUUCACAUCUCUAUUCUGGCAGAAAAGACAAUGAUUGUUACCAACAGCUCAGUCAAUGCCGCACAGUCAGAUAUCCCGACAAAACUUCUCUUGGCCAGAAUAACCUCGCUAGAGGGGAUGGUCGAGAAAAGUUUGUGCAUAGCAGAACCUCACCAGCAAUCCCCAAGGCAUUAUCCCAGCCACCUUUUCAAAAACCAUAUACUCCUUAUCAUCCUGAACCCAAAUCUCGCUUUUCGAUGCCAUUUUCACCCCGUCACCACCACCCACACCUUACCCAAACCACAUUUCAACACAGUUAUCGCUACAUGUAUGAUACAUAAUAUGUUUAUCGACCAAGCUUCGGUAAUAUUCCAAGAAAAAUCAACUAGCUUGAACAAAACGAUGCAAGAUAUAAACCAAUUGAUUCCCGACUCAUCCAUGCUAGCAAACAGAACAAAAAACACGAGCACUACUCCCUUUCGUUGGUGACAUCGGUAGAUCCAUAUUUGGUACCGCGACCACAGGAAACGUUCGUACUCUCGCAAGUCAUAUAAACGAAUUGACUAGACAAACAAAUCUUGUCGCACAGAGACUGAAACAACAUGGAAAUCAUUUCUGAUCCUAUAUCAAAACAGUGAAUGAUAAGCUGAAAAACGUUGCAACACAAAUACGGCUAACCGAACAUGAGUUUACCCAAUUAAGAAGUCAAAUGCAUAUGAAUGAAGUUACUAUCUUUAAAGCAUCCACGCACAUUUCGUCAUCAGUUCUCCGCAUUCUAAACCACAAAAUACAUCUUAAUGACCAGUUACAGAACCUCCAAAUAGGUAGUUCACGGCAAACUUGCACCCGUACUAAUUCCAGUUAAUAUUCUUACAGGCACCAUAAACAGCUUACAAACCGUAUUGAACACGAAGUACUCGGGCUAUUCAUUGGUGACAGAAAACCCCACAUUCUACUAUCAACAUGCUGACUUUUUAUACAAUCGGACAGUAGCUAAGCUAUACAUUUCGGUUAGAUUUCUGGUUACGGCUCACAGAUACCCGUUCAAAACUUACCGCAUGCUAUCGUUCCCCGUACAAGUUAAUGACACAACCAAUCACUCCACUCAACUGUUAGAACUACCAGGCUACUUCUUGUUAUCAUACGAGGAAUCCCAUUACACAACAUUGUCGGAAUCGACCAUCACCCAAUGUAAUGGGGAUUCCUUGAAAAUUUGUCAGCAUAGGUCAACAUUAACCCCUCUCGAAAAUACAGAUUGUAUUCCAUCUAUCUUCUAUGACAGGACAGAAAAUGUACAUCAUUAGUGCAAGUUUAGAUAUGUCCCCGACGCAAUACGUCCACAAAUUUAAGAUAUUCUACCAUCAUCAGUAGUGGUAUACAAAACUCCUAAUAUCACCCUGCCAAUGGAACCAGGCAAUUCCAAGGUUGUGAUUAUAGCACGAUACCUGUAAUUCCCUGUAAUUGUGCUAUUAGUACCAAAACGAUAUAUUUCUUGGGAUUACUGACUCAAUGCUCAGAAUCAAUCCACAUUACAAAACAAAUAUUCUUAUACUCAAUUUAUUUUUCUUUCUGUUUUUUUUUUUUUUUCCUUUUUUUUUUUAGAACAAAGAUGUGUAUUUACAAUGAGUGUAGAUUAUCACUAGCUGAUAUGAAGUGAGUUGUUUUUGUCACGCACAAAUCUAUAGCUUUGUACAAAUAAUUGUUUACCUGGUUGAUGGUAUGACGAUGCUGAAGGUCCUAGGAUUGUGAAGGACGUACAAGGUGUAUGCAGUCGUAUUUUUAUUGUACACGACUCCCUUGUGCAUCAGAUCGAGUUGACCUUGGGGCCAAGGUCUUACAACCUGGGAGGGCAUCUAUUACGAUGGAUUUUAUAUUUUUAUUGUGAUUAUUGUAUAGUAACAAUUUUAUGAAGAAUUUAUAUAUAUAAAGAUAUUGUGUUUUUGUGUAAAUCAAGUUUAGCGAACAUGCUAUCGAUACAGUAUAUGGAAUUAUCAAACAAAAACAAUGUCAAUGGCCGUAGGAUUCAUACAGUUGAUAAUCCAGGUUUCGGCUUAAUUGAAAAAUUAAAAAGGCACUCAUUAGGAAAACGAUUGUCAAGGAUUAAGGAAAGUACAUAAUGAAGCCGACUAGUAAUUGUGAAGUCAGCCUAACACCAAGGUCAUGAUGUCCAGAACUUUCGGGCUUUAUACUUUGCUAUAUGUAUUUAUAUGUAAACAGUCACGCUCAACUUGUUCUUACAUAACGAGGUUAAACAAGGACAUAGUGACAUGGUCAGUUAAUUAUGAUCCCGGGCUUAUCACCAAAACAAGGGUACCAAACCGACCCUUGGUGACCAGGAUCACAUGAUGCGAAAUUCUGCAUUUAUUGGUCAAGCAGUUAGACAAAUGACCACCACUGUGAUGCUGAGCAUAAAAGGCUCGAUCUAUCACAAACAUCACUUUGGGAAUGGAAAUCUAAAGAUCGCAUUGCUUUUAUUUUAAGGUAAGAACUUAAGGUUAUAUUGUAUAGUACACCUCUGAAUUGUAAAUGUAAAAACGAUAAUAUAGAAAAAGAAUGUUUUAUGUUCUAUAAGGAAUAAUUAUGAGUAAAAGUUUAUUACUAUAUAUUAAUUAGAAAAUGGUUAACUGUAAAUCAUGAAGUGCAAGAUAGAAAUGAUAAACUUUAUUGUAUAUUGUUUAAAGUAAGUAUUUAGUUUGGUUGUUAAUAAAAUAUUUAAUUAUGUAAAUAAACACUUUUGGGAAUGAAAUUCUAAAGAUCGCCUUGCUUUUAUUUUAAGGAGGUCAGACUGGAUAAGUGAAACUCUACCUCCCACUGACGCCACUUGCGAGUUUAUCAUCUCACAGCGAGAACAGAAAGGAAACAAAUAUCCUCAUAAAUCUAGUCUGAUAGAAACAUGAGUGUUGCCUAAGGAACCCCACGCUAUACUGUACCGAAUAAACAAUCAGUAAUCAGCCAAACUCAAAACGUUGUCAUUUUUAAUUGAUGUUCAACACAAUGCGACUACCAUACUGUCAAGGAAUGAAUGUAGCAUUCUUUGUGUAAACAAAUAUCCAAUAUUUGCGAUUAAACCAUCUCGGAAAAAAGGUUUGGCU